AUGUUUUCCCCCAGUGUCUGGAGUGUCGUCCUUGUCUCGUCUCUAUUUGCGCGGUUCACUACCGCAGAUACUACAUCAGGGACCUUCUCCUUGUUGACUUACAAUGUCGCGGGUUUGCCUGAAGGACUCUCAUCUAGUAAUCCUGCAACGAACACGCCGUUGAUAUCAGAGCGACUAGGCCCAUACAAUGUCAUCAACGUUGAAGAAGAUUUUAACUACCAUGCUGAGCUUUAUGCAAACGACAGUCACCCAUAUCGCACUCCCACGUCGGGUGGUGCAGGCAUUGGUUCUGGCCUCAACACGCUCUCCGACUUUGAAUACAUCGACUUGGAACGCACGACUUGGGAUGAAUGUUAUAUCGAUUCUGGGGACUGCCUGACACCCAAGGGCUUUACCCUGGUGCGUAUCCGCGUAUCGGCAGGUGCCUGGAUCGACUUGUACAACCUCCACACCGACGCCGGCGACGAAGAAGGCGACCUCGAGGCCCGAGCGGCGAAUAUUGCCCAACUUGUUGCGUACAUGGAUACGUGGUCUGCAGGCAUGGCUGUCAUCAUCAUGGGUGAUACCAACUCCCGGUACACCCGCGAGAGCGACUCGGAAGCCCUACACGGGAUGAUCGACGACACAGGCUCCACCGAUGCGUGGAUUUCCAACAUCCGCGGAGGCUCAUACCCCGCCGAAGGCUCCGCUGCUCUCGUGUGCGACUUCCCCUUCCCCAACGGGACCACCCAGGCCGAGAUGGUCUCGUGCGAAGUCGUCGACAAGAUAUUCACCCGCCCGAGCUCCAUCAUCGCGCUCUCCACGACGUCUUUCACCAACGAAGACGACAACUUCCUCACUGACGACGGGGCGCCGCUCAGCGACCACUACCCCAUGUCCGCCACUGCCUCCUGGUCCCUGUCCUCCUCACUCCGUCUCUCGGACCCCGCGGGCGGUCCGCACGGCGACCCAUUCAACGACAUCGCCACGUCUCUCUCAGGCGACGUGCCCACCCUCACAUCUAUCACCAUCCGUUCCGGCAGCCGCGUCGACGCCGUCUCCUACGACCUGGCGUACCCAGGCGGGAGCACGAGCACCGUCUACCACGGCGGGACCGGCGGCGACGAUAACACGCUCUCUCUGGGGGACGGCGAGUACAUCACGCAGAUCACUGCGUGCAGUGCCAAAUACAAUGACCACACGCGUGUUUUCUACCUCGCGCUUACGACCAAUGCGGGAACCGUCUUGGAGGGUGGGGUGGCUACGGACGACUGUCUGACUACUGUGGUGCCUACCGACGCGGGGAGUGGGGGCGAGUGGGGGUUAGUUGGGUUCUGGGGGAGAUCUGGAGACGAGACGGACAGACUGGGGGGUAUUUGGGGUGCGGUGUACUGA